AUGAAGGUCGCUACUCAGUCACCCGAGAUCGCAAGCGUCUCGUUGCACCGGAGCAUCCCUACAUAUCUUCACCUCUAUGUCCUGCCCUUCCUCUCGCUCUACCCCGUCUGGGCCUACGCCUACUUCCUCAAGUACGAUGACUGGGUCAGGUCCGAGGAGUGGACCUUCGUCUUCACCGUCCUUCUCAUUUCCGGCCACGCACUCAGCUUCCUCGUAACCAAAUGGAGCAUCGCUGCCAAGGUGCUGACUACUUGCACCACCGCCAAAAGUCUCGAUGAUGCUGAGCUCGUCCGCGUCUACCCACUCGCACACAAGGGCGAAGGUGCCAUCGUCUCGCUUGAUCGUGUCGAGCGACCCAACCUGCCCAUCGAGAUCUCGUUCACCUACCAGGCCGACAAGUACAUCCUCGCCACCCCGGAUGCUUCUGCUUCGCCCACGGAUAUCUUUGUCUCGCCUCUGAUCAAGGAGCCCACCUUCCGCCGUCUGCCUUACCCUGCCGAUGCCAACCCGCCCCUCUCGAACUUCCAGUCUUACAAAGGAUUCAAGACCGAGAAGGAUGUCGAGCUCGCCCUCGGCACCUUUGGCAAGAACGAGCUCGACAUUCCCAAGCCCAAGUUUGUCGACCUCUUCCUCGAGCAUGCCGUCGCGCCCUUCUUCGUUUUCCAAGUCUUCUGCGUCGGUCUCUGGAUGCUCGACGAGUACUGGUACUACUCGCUCUUCACGCUCUUCAUGCUCGUCGUCUUCGAAUGCACCGUCGUCUUCCAGCGACUGCGCACGCUCAGCGAGUUCAGGACCAUGUCGAUUCAGCCUUACAGCAUCUGGGUUUACCGUGCUGGCAAGUGGGCUGAGAUGCAGACCUCCGAUCUGCUGCCCGGCGACCUUGUGUCGAUCGACCGAUCGAAGGAAGACUCUGCAACGCCUUGCGAUCUGCUGCUGGUUGCUGGCUCCACCAUCGUCAAUGAGGCCAUGCUUUCCGGUGAGAGCACACCUCUGCUCAAGGAGAACAUCGAACUGCGCGACGGCAAGGACAUUCUCGACGUCAAUGGUGCUGACCGUAACAAUGUCGUCUUUGGAGGCACCAAGGUCCUCCAGACCACCGCACCCGAAGCCGACAGCGCCUACGCAAAGCUCCGCGCACCCGACAACAGCGCACUCGGCAUCGUCCUUCGCACGGGCUUCGGCACCUCGCAGGGUCAGCUCAUUCGCCUCAUGGUCUUCCAGAACGAGUCUCGCGUCACCGCCAACAACAUCGAAAGCUUCGUCUUCAUCGGUUUCCUCCUCAUCUUUGCCAUCGCUGCCAGUGGUUACGUCUGGGUGCGGGGCACCGAGAUGGAGCGUCCCAAGGGCAAGCUGUUGCUGGACUGCGUAUUGAUCAUCACGUCCGUCGUCCCGCCCGAGCUGCCCAUGGAGCUGUCCAUGGCGGUCAACGCUUCGCUCAUGGCCCUGGCCAAGUACGCCAUCUUCUGCACGGAGCCGUUCCGUAUUCCGUAUGCCGGUCGAGUCGACGUCUGCUGCUUCGACAAAACUGGCACCAUCACGGGCGAGGAUCUUGAGGUGCAGGGUGUGGUCAACUGCUCCCCCGGUGGCGACUCGCCAUUGAUCCCGCUCAAGGAGGCUUCGGCCGAGACGACGCUCACUCUGGCUUCGGCGCACGCACUCGUUCUGCUCGAGGACGGCCUCGUCGGCGACCCCAUGGAGAAGACAACCCUCGAAUCAAUGGACUGGAAGCUCAACAAGGGCGACAUGCUCACCCCCACCGACCCAAAAGCCGGCCCGCAUCGCUUUGGCGUCCAGGUCCGCCGUCGAUUCCAGUUCUCUUCCGCCCUCAAACGCAUGUCUACCAUCAACCACAUCAUCGACCAGACCGGCAGCCGUCGUGUGUUCAUCGCGGUCAAAGGCGCACCCGAGACCCUCAAGACCAUGUUCUCUCAGCUCCCCGCUCAUUACGACGAGACGUACAAGGGUUUCACCCGCCGCGGGUCGCGUGUGCUCGCCCUCGGCUACCGCUUCGUCGACAAUGUCCAGCCCAAUGACACGAACAGCAUCAACAACAUGACGCGAGACAAGGUGGAGGCCGGGUUGAAGUUUGGCGGAUUCCUGGUGUUCCAUUGUCCCCUCAAGCCGGAUGCGAUCGAAAGUCUCAAGAUGUUGAACGACUCGAGUCAUCGCUGCAUUAUGAUUACGGGCGACAACCCGUUGACUGCUGUGCACGUGGCGACGCAAGUCGAGAUUGUGGAUCGUCAAACGCUGAUCCUCGACGCUCGGGAGGGUGCGACGUCGGAACAGGAGCUUGUAUGGCGAUCCGUUGACGAACAGGUCAUCAUCCCCGUCACGGCCUCCGAACCGCUCGACACGAGCCUCUUCAAGAAAUACGACAUCUGCAUCACGGGUGUAGCCAUGAAGCAGUACCAAGACUCGCCCGUAGCGUGGAACCAGCUGGUCCAAAACACCUGGGUAUACGCACGCGUCUCUCCCUCGCAAAAGGAGUUCAUCCUCAACUCGCUCAAGUCUCUCGGGUACAUCACACUCAUGGCGGGCGACGGGACCAACGACGUUGGAGCGCUCAAGGCGGCCAACAUCGGUGUUGCCCUUCUUGACGGCACGCCGGAGGAUCUGGUCAAGAUCGCCGAGCACCAGAAGAUGGAGCGCAUGAAGAAGGUGUACGAAUCGCAGCUGUCGCUCACUGCGCGCUUCGGUCAGCCUCCUCCGCCGGUCCCGCCUGCGCUCAAGGAGAAGUUCCCCGAACUCGAGAAGGCGCGCGACGACGCGCUGGCCAAGAUGCAAAACGCUCGCACCACCGAUCGCACCGCCAAGUUCGACCUUUCGGCGAUCACGGCGCAGAUGGCAGAUGCGGAUAUCGACGAUGGUCCUCCGCAGAUCCGACUGGGUGACGCGUCCGUCGCAGCACCGUUCACGUCGAAGCUGAGCAACGUCCAGUCGAUCAUCGCCAUCAUCCGUCAAGGACGGUGCACGCUAGUGGCGACGAUCCAGAUGUACAAGAUCCUAGCGCUCAACUGUUUGAUCCAGGCGUACUCGCUGUCGGUCCUCUAUCUGGACGGCAUCAAGUUCGGCGAUUACCAAGUGACGAUCAGUGGCAUGUUGGCUUCGGUCUGCUUCCUGUGCAUUUCGCGCGGGCAACCGAUCGAGAAGCUGUCCAAAGAACGACCGGUGGCCAACAUCCUCAACGCCUACGUCUUUGGGAGCAUCCUCACCCAGACGGCGCUGCACAUUGGCAGCAUGUACUACAUCCAAUCGCUCAGCAUCGCGUACGAGUCUUUGGACGACGUGAUCGAUCUCGAGGCCAAAUUCACCCCUUCUCUGCUCAACACGGGUGUUUACCUGCUCGGACUGUCGCAAACCAUCUCGACUUUUGCGGUCAACUACAUCGGUCGACCGUGGCGCGAAUCAAUCCGGGAGAACCGCUAUCUGUACUAUGGCCUGGUUAGCGUGGGUGGUAUUGCGAUCGCGGGAGCCACCGAGUUCAUGCCCGAACUCAACGAGUGGUUGCAGCUGGUCAAGAUGGAGAGUGGCUACCAGGUGAGAUUGGUGGCUGCUAUGACGGUGGAUUUCUUGGGCAGCUACGUGUUGGAGAGCUUCUGGGCGCUAUUUGCCGAUGUCAAGCCGAAAGAGCUGGUGACGAGAGGUCAGGAGAGGAGGUUGGAGAGGAGGAGGAGGGAGGUGGUUGAGAAGCGGAUUGCCGAGGAGAAGGCCGGGGAGAAGAAGGAGCUGUAA